AUGGUGGAGGCACUCAUUUCCGUGCUCCUAGAACGAUUGGCUUCUGUAACUUAUCACCACAUAGAAGAUGAGGUGAGAUUCGUUUUGGAUGCCAAGAAAGAAGUUGAAGAAUUCGCUGCCCAUCUCGAAGAUAUUAGAGCCGUGCUUGAGGAUGCAGAGCAAAGGCAAGUGAAGGAGGCCAGUGUGAGAAACUGGUUGGAUAAGCUGGAAGAUAUAGCCUACAGGAUGGACGAUGUGUUGGAUGAGUGGAACACUGAGAUUCUCAAACAAGAAGUUGUAAAAAAAGAAGCAAAUGGUGAAAAUGCUCGUGUUGCUAAUAAGAAGAUGGUAUGUUUCUCUAUUCUCUCAUAUUGCUUUUGUUUCGGCCAAGUAAGUCGCGUAAUUCGUCACCGUGACAUUGCUGUUAAGAUAAAAAAUCUGAAUGAAAGCUUGGUUGUGAUUGCCAAGCAAAGACAAACAUAUAACUUUCAAUACUUGGAAAGAAGCACUGAACUGCCAGAACGAGAAAAAACUUCAUCUUUUGUUGAUACAUCUGCUGUAUUUGGUAGAGAAAAACAAAAGGGUAUUUUGGUUAGCAAGUUGUUUAGCCAGAGUAGCGAAGAAGGAAACGGCCUCCUUGUCAUCCCCAUUGUGGGGAUGGGAGGAAUGGGAAAGACACUCUGUCUCAACUGGCCUAUAAUGAUGAAAAUGUUAAAUCCUAUUUUGAGAAGAGAAUAUGGGUUUGUGUCUCGGAACCUUUUGAUGAGAUUAAAAUUGCCAAAGCCAUCAUUCAUGGUGCCAAAGGCACCACCCUGA